AUGUCGACCUCUAGAAUCAUUCAACUAGCGCAGAAAAUCAGCGCUCAAGCUGCCGUCCUUGAUUCGCAUCUGCAGAGCAACGGACUUCCCCAGCCAUCGUUUAAUGAAGAUGGUCCGACGGAGGCGUUCAAAGAGGGCACACCGGAUGUUCAACAAGCCAAAUCGGAUGUACUCGAAGCCAUGAUCGAGCUCCGCCAACUGAUUGAGGGUCCGAUGAACAACCUUCUUCCUCCGAACAAUCUUUCCCCUCUUGUAGCUGUUUACCGGUUCAAACUCGCAUCGCUGGUUCCUGUCGGCUCGACGAUUUCAUUCCGCGACCUUGCUGAGAAAUCCGGUGUGCGCGAGCAUGACGUGAAGCGUAUUGUCCGCUACACUGCUGUCUAUCAUCGUGUAUUCCAUGAGCCGAAAAAGGGCUUUGUCGCUCACACAGCGGCAUCAAAACUCCUGGCCGAAAACCCGGCAGCAAGCCACUUAAUGGGGCUCACCUUUGAUGAAUGUUGGCCAGCACAUAACAGAGCCGUCGAUGCUAUAGCACAGGGAAGUGAAGAGCCGAACGUGUCUGGCUAUGCUUUGGCGAACAACACCUCUCUAAAUACAUUUCAGUUUUUCUCAGAGAAUCCGACUCGUGCAGAGCGCUUUGCUGCUGCCAUGGCCACCACAUCAACGGCCAGCCUCGAGGCUCUCAGCACUCACUUUGCCUGGUCAGAGCUGUCGCCGAACAGCACUGUCGUCGAUCUCGGCGGCUCUAGAGGCCAUGUAUCCAUUUACCUCGCCCAGAAAUUUGCUCAUCUGCGCUUUGUCGUUCAGGAUUUGCCAGAAGUAGUCAAGGGCGCUGCCGACACGCUUCCCGAGGAUGUCCAGGGACGAAUUGAGUUUUCAGCCCAUGAUAUGUUCACUAACCAGCCAACGCAAGGCGCCGACGUUUAUUUGCUACGGUAUGUGUUGCACGACUGGCCAGACAAGUACUGCAUCGACGUGCUGCGCAAGUUGAUACCUAGCUUGAAAGCGGGUGCAAAGGUGGUCAUCCAAGACCAUCUUUUACCGGAGCCAGGAACAAUGACGCUAAGGCAGGAAAUGAACAUGCGGAACAUGGAUGCCAUCAUGCUAUCACUGUUCAAUUCUAGAGAGCGCGAGGUGGAGGAGUGGGAAGAGUUGUUCAACACUGCCGACUCGAGAUUCGGCGGUUUCACUGCUAAUAGAAUUGGGGAACACGGAUCCAGCGGUGUAAUAUCUGUAGAGUGGACUCCAUGA